GGCUGGGGGCGGGGUGGGAAGGCCUGGUUGUGCGAGGCUAAAAUCUACUGUCACCUCUGGCAGGAGAGUGAGCCUGUCAAUUUCUAUCUCCAUCAGACCCUGAACCCACAAGAGAGGGGAUUUCGGUAACAUUUUAACUCUAUAUCUCAGGCAUCUGAAAGCAGAAGUUGGUGGAAGGCCAAGCCAGCGGCGCGCAGCGAGCUCAGCGCCCAGAAGGGAGGCUGGAGCUUUCCGGCUACUCGUCCCUUACCUCCAAGUACACCCAGGGUCUCCCCCAAGCCCAGCCUGCCUGCCCACCACUUUUCGCCACCUCCCGUGGGCCGGCCCCCCCACCGCGAGGGUGUCACGUGACGGCGUGGGACCCGCCUCCGGUGACGUCACCGCGCUCGCAGCCUGGGCGUUGAAGAAAGGAUGCUCUAGUUAGGAUGCUGUGCAGGUGGGUGGUCGGGCUACGCCAUGAGGCACUGCAGGUGUAAGUAGCAUGGUUUCAUGCACGGGUGAUGAGCAGCUCUGGAAACCUGAUGGAUUUUCUCGAUGAGCCAUUCCCUGAUGUGGGGACAUAUGAGGACUUCCACACCAUUGACUGGCUGAGGGAAAAGUCACGGGACACUGACAGACACAGAAAGAUAACCAGCAAAAGCAAAGAGUCUGUAUGGGAGUUCAUCAAGGGUCUGCUGGAUGCCUGGUCAGGAUGGGUGGUCAUGCUGCUCAUCGGCCUGCUAGCAGGUACCUUGGCUGGGGUCAUCGAUCUCGCUGUCGACUGGAUGACCGACUUGAAGGAGGGAAUCUGUCUGUCUGCCUUCUGGUACAGCCAUGAGCAAUGCUGUUGGACUUCCACCGAGACCACUUUUGAGGACAGGGACAAGUGUCCCCUGUGGCAGAAAUGGUCAGAGCUAUUGGUGAAUCAGUCAGAGGGUGCCAGUGCUUACAUUCUGAAUUACCUAUUGUACAUCCUGUGGGCCUUGCUGUUUGCAUUCUUGGCUGUCUCCCUGGUACGCGUCUUUGCGCCCUACGCCUGUGGCUCUGGUAUACCGGAGAUCAAGACCAUUCUGAGUGGCUUCAUCAUCAGGGGCUACUUGGGAAAGUGGACCCUGCUGAUCAAGACCGUCACCCUGGUGCUGGUAGUGUCCUCGGGCCUGAGCCUUGGGAAGGAAGGGCCACUGGUACAUGUGGCUUGUUGCUGUGGCAACUUCUUCAGCAGCCUCUUCUCCAAGUACAGCAAGAAUGAGGGCAAGAGGCGUGAGGUACUUUCAGCAGCAGCUGCAGCUGGAGUCUCCGUUGCCUUUGGUGCUCCAAUUGGGGGUGUGCUUUUCAGUCUAGAAGAGGUUAGUUACUACUUUCCCUUGAAGACCUUGUGGAGGUCCUUUUUUGCGGCCCUGGUGGCGGCCUUCACGCUGCGAUCCAUCAAUCCCUUUGGGAACAGCCGCCUUGUUCUCUUUUAUGUGGAAUAUCACACGCCCUGGUACAUGGCUGAGCUCUUCCCCUUCAUCCUGCUGGGGGUCUUUGGGGGCUUGUGGGGAACCCUCUUUAUCCGCUGCAACAUCGCCUGGUGCAGGAGGCGCAAAACCACCAAGCUGGGGAAGUACCCGGUGCUGGAGGUCAUUGUGGUGACUGCCAUCACAGCCAUCAUCGCCUACCCCAACCCCUACACACGCAAGAGCACGAGUGAGCUCAUUUCUGAGCUGUUCAAUGACUGCGGGGCCCUUGAGUCCUCCCAGCUCUGUGACUAUAUCAACGACCCCAACAUGACCCGGCCUGUGGAUGACAUUCCUGACCGGCCGGCCGGGCUCGGGGUGUACACAGCCAUGUGGCAGCUGGCCCUGGCGCUGAUCUUCAAAAUCGUCAUUACCAUAUUUACCUUUGGCAUGAAGAUCCCAUCAGGCCUUUUCAUCCCCAGCAUGGCUGUGGGAGCCAUGGCAGGCAGGAUGGUGGGAAUUGGCGUGGAACAGCUGGCUUACCAUCACCACGACUGGAUCAUCUUCAGGAAUUGGUGCAGGCCUGGAGCAGACUGUGUCACCCCGGGACUUUACGCAAUGGUGGGAGCAGCAGCCUGCCUAGGUGGAGUUACCAGGAUGACGGUGUCAUUGGUGGUCAUCAUGUUUGAAUUAACAGGUGGUCUAGAGUACAUUGUACCCUUGAUGGCGGCAGCCGUGACCAGCAAGUGGGUAGCUGAUGCCUUUGGGAAAGAAGGCAUCUACGAGGCUCACAUCCACUUAAAUGGGUACCCAUUUUUGGAUGUCAAGGAUGAGUUCACUCACCGCACCCUGGCCACUGAUGUCAUGCGGCCUCGGCGGGGAGAGCCACCACUGUCUGUGCUCACCCAGGACAGCAUGACCGUGGAGGAUGUGGAGACGCUCAUCAAAGAGACCGACUACAACGGCUUCCCUGUGGUGGUCUCCAGGGACUCUGAGCGCCUCAUUGGAUUUGCCCAGAGGAGGGAACUGAUUCUUGCAAUAAAGAAUGCCAGACAGAGGCAGGAGGGCAUCGUGAGCAAUUCCAUCAUGUACUUCACAGAGGAGCCCCCUGAACUGCCGGCCAACAGCCCCCAACCCCUGAAGCUGCGCCGUGUCCUAAACCUCAGUCCUUUCACGGUCACGGACCACACACCCAUGGAGACAGUGGUGGAUAUCUUCCGGAAACUGGGGCUCCGGCAGUGCCUGGUGACACGAAGUGGGAGACUUCUUGGCAUCAUCACAAAAAAGGAUGUUCUGAGACAUAUGGCCCAGAUGGCAAACCAGGACCCUGAAUCCAUCAUGUUUAAUUAGAAACAAGAUGGCAAUUAUUAUGAGAAAAAUACAACUGUGUCAUUUUAAAAGAAGUAAACAGAUGAUGUGUUAUAAUUCUAAAGAAUGAUCCAAAAGCUUUGUUUGAAAGGAAGGGAAGAAAGAUGAAACCUUUUGUUAAAAAGUACAUCCAUGAGUAGGCAUUUUAUAGCUUUAACCCCUUAUAAGUUUCAAGUUGUAUUUGUUAAUGACUUUACUAAUUGCUAUGGGGGCAUGUGGGUGGGUAUAAAUUAUGUGGUUUGUACAGGGACAUGGAACACAAAUGCUGAAUCAACAAAUGUUUGCCCUUUUGUUCAAGGCUGAUAUUUGUGAAGCUUUGAGUCCAUAAGGCAAAGGGCUAUUGGUGUGUCGGUGUCCUUAUUUGUUGAUUGGUUCCUGAAGUUUUGCUGCUAUGUUACUGAAUCAGACUAAAGAUAUAUGCACUUACUUUGUUGGAAUAGGAAAAGAAAUUAAAUUUGAACAUAGUGAAAACCGUAAGUAUGGGUUCAUGCAUGUCUAUCCCAUUUCUUGCUUCUGUUCUCAGUCUGUUAUUUUACUUAUCCAUCAGUUUCUGAACCCACAUCAGGAUCACCUGUUAUGAGUAUGAAGAAAUCAUUUAUUUCUGCAAGUCUAGCAUUUUGGGACUGCCUGAUGAACUAUUGGAACAUUUAGUGCUGCACCGUGUUCCCUUCCAUGCAAAGGGGUUCAUUAUUAUUUUGAGAGUAAACACACCCAAUCACUGAUUUGCAUCCUCAUUGCAUUUGCUUAUUUAUUGCUGUUGCCUGUGCAUUCUUAAAUAUUGAUCAGUCCAGCACUUUCUAUGGGCCAUAUCCUAUAUGCUGCCAGCUUGCCAUAAGUGUGCUUUAAUUUCCAAAUAGCCUAUACAAGAAUCAGAACAGGCUACCCAGUGUAACUACUUAUUUUCCCUCUCAGAUCUUAAGAAAUAUGGCUGUGGAGAGGGUGAGGCAUAUGAGUUCUCAGUGGGAACUCCUUCAAAUGGAUUGCAAGAGAAAUACUAAAUUGAUUCUAAAUCUGUUCCAUUCUCUUCUCUGUAGGAUGCAAAAUGCCCAGCUUUAAUGUAUAAGCAUGCAUUUUCACACCAGCAAUCAAAGCACAGAAGGACAGAGUUAAAUUCUAGACAGCCAAUUUGUGCAUUGGACAUCUUUUGUAUUGAAUGUAAUGAUGCAUUUAUUCUUUCAGUCAGGACUUCCGUCUUUUCUGGGGGAAGGAAUUAAGCUAUGUUUUUUAGGUCCACUGUAUGAUCUCUGUGAACAAGAUUUAUCCUGUUUGCUCUUUCUCUUUAGUCUGUUCUCUUUUCACUGCAUCAUCCUCAUCCUUCUCAAUAUCACUAUUGAAUAUUGAUGUAUCAGGUGUGCAUUUGGCUGCAAAUCAAAGAAAAUCCAAUCAACAGUGAUGAACUGAAUAGGAAACCUGGGAUUGCAUACCCAGGACUAUCAUCUUCAUAGUAUCAUCAAGGAUCCACACUCCUUGGUAUUUUUUCUCACCAUCCUUUGUGGCAUAGUCUCAAGAUGGUUACUGAACUGCUGGUAUGAUGUCUGCUUUCUAAGCAGGAAGAGGCAAAUAAUAGAUGCAAUGAUAAUGUCAAGAAAGCAAAGCUGUCCCAGAAAUGCCCAGCUUCCACGCGUUGGCUAGAAUUCUGUCACAUGGCUCCUCCAGCUGCAAGUGAGUCUGGGAAGGACAGUGUUUAGUGAGGCAUAUUACUCUCUGAACAAGAUUUAGAUUCUUUUAAUGAGGAAGAGGGGAUUGGUCCUUGGGAGGCGGGUGUUGUCUGCUGUAUUAGAUGCCAUCAUUGUGCCCCUGUCAUUGUCCUCUUUACUUUUGUUUGCUAAAGCCCUUUGAACACUCUCUUCUAACCUUAUAGUCCCCACUCUUUCAGAUGUGACACAGAAUUUCUAAUAAGAACCCAUAAUUUCUUAGCCUAAAUAAAAAUGUUAAUCUUGGAUAAAAACCUACCUAAAAGUGGUUUUCUAUGACAACUUCUAGUUGAUAUGUUUAAAAAGUUUAAGAGUUAGAUCAUGCUGACAAACUACGGAAAAUUUGUUUCUGUAAUUGGCUCCCUCCAAAAUAAUAUCAGAUGGCUACUUCAGUAUGGACAUCCAGAAGUAGGGAAUUCAGUGUUCACUCUUAUAAUAGAAUGAAAUUUGUUGUUUCAUUCAUGGCACGUACAUAUUGAGUAACAAAUCCUAAUAUUAGUAUUGUUAUUGGGUUUUCAUGGAACAAAUGCAAGUGAAGCUGGAGUUUCCUGGACUUUAAAAUCUGAAAAAGUCUUAAGGAUUGCUUCAUGUAGUUCCCCUCUUAUUCCCAUGUGGCAUCCCAAAGAGUAUUAGUCAUAGCCUGGAUUUAGAUAAUCCAGGAUGGGCAGCCUUUUAGCUGAAAACUAGGAGCUUCAGUAGGGAACAUGAAACAGUGAAAAGACAGCCAAAGGUCAGUGACACCAGAGAAUGCCCUUCUUCUCCAGCUGAGGCCAUAGAAGGAUGAGAGGGUACUUUCCUCUGGGCCAAAGUCACCAAGGGAAGUUAUGUCUUUCACCCCAAUGCUUAGCAUAGAGUCAUCUGUGAAUUCACAGGGAACAGUUGGGAGUGUCACUUGACUUAAGUAACCUAACCUUGUUUUCCUUCAUAAAUUGAACCUCCAAUUUGUUGCGGGGCUCAGGCUCUUCUCAACUAAAGGCCAGGGUUAGACAGGCAGGUUAAGGUCAAGGAUGGGGGAAUUUGCAAUAGGAACUACAAGAGCCAAUUGUCUUCCUUACCUGGAGCCCUAACUCAGCCCUGCAGUCCACUCACCCACCCAUCAGACUCCAUGGGAAAGAUGCUGCUCAACUUUGUCAUUCCUUGUUAAAAAGCAUAGAGGUAGGGAUUCACAAAGUAUUUACUGUAGCACUUCAUCACUUAAUCUGGUGAUCUAAUGAGCAAGAGGAAUAGAGCUGGAAUGUGGAGAUGAAAUAAACAUUUUUCAGAGGAACAUUUCCAGAACCAAAGGCUUUAGACAUUUGUAGAACUUACUGGAUUCUUUCUGAAUCUUUUUUUUAAAAAUGUGAAUAGACAUAAGUACACAAUGGAAAAGGAGUUCUCUAAGUAGGCUCAUCAACUUAUCUGUUGCUCUCUCUGUUAUGAAGGAACUGUGUCAUAGAAGUCAGACACCACCUGGAAAUGCAGGUGUGUGUGUGGCUUUUUGAGAAAGGGAAUGUGCUAGAAACAAAUAGCAUUCAGUGUUUGCUGUUACUUACAAAAAGGCAGUCUCACAUUUCUCCAUUCAGUCCUUCCCAAAGACCUCACAAAGGAGAAGACAGGUCAGUAGAUACAUUUUUGGCCCUAAUAAGUCACAGAAAUUGAAAAACUUUGAGCAGUUUGUUUUACUUAGGUGAGAGCUGGUUACUUCAAAUGAUCAACACAUGUGAAUACUGCUCAGUGUUCAUUAUCAGGUGAUGAGCUGGAAGAGAGAAGAAAUUCGGAGAAGUGAAUUACAUGAUUGUCAUAUAGUACACCUCUGUUUUAAUCUCACUGGGCAGUGCCUUAUCAGACUCAGCUUCCAACCUCUGCAAUGACUUACAGGAGGGGAGAGCCUGUGUGCCUAAAUCAGGGAGCAUGAAGCAGACUCCAUUUUCACCCGUGUGGUCAUAACGAGCUUUUCAACAGCUUCGGUGUGCUGAGAAUGAGCCUACGUGUGAUUUUUAUGAGAUCUAUUUGCAUUUGGUGUUGGAGCAACCACAAAGCAAUUUUUUUAUUGUAACACUCUGU